GCAUGGUUGGCAGAGUACCUGCCAAUGUGGUGCCACUGUCUGGUGUUCAGCCUGCUGAUGCAGGGGGUUCUGUGUCUGGAGAUAAAUUCCAGAUGGCUCUUGCAGAAUACACAGGAGCCCUGCUGCUCUCUGGCCAAUGGGGGGCCUUCAAAACUCUAUUCACACAUGAAAACAAAGCUUAUAACCUGGCUGGAAGUGCUGUUCCCUGCAGGGGCCCUCAAACCCGCUGCUGAGCACAAUGGGGUAGCUGUUUGUAUCCAGUUAGCUCUGGUAAAGUCUUCUCUCAGGAGAUGUGUGCAGCCUUGAUUCCUAUCAGAGCUGGUGCUCAGCACCUCACAGGGUUGCUCUCCUAGAGGCCUGUGCUGCCUAAUUUAGGGUUUGAUCCUGCUCCCAGUUAAUCAAGGGAGUUUUUCCACUGACGUGUACUGGAAGUGUGAUCAUGCCUGUAGAUUGUAAGCUCUUUGGGGUUGUGACCACGUCAGGCUGUCUGUACAGUGCCAACAUCGCUCACCAGGAAUCAUGAUACCAUCCUCAAGUAGGCGUCUGUGCCCACGUAUGUAACUCAGGCCCUGCAGUGAGAGGUUGCCUGCUGUGCCAUCAGCUGGCAUGUACCUCAAGCACAAGAGGGAAGUUGAGUGAGACAGCUGGUGGGAUAGCGUCUCUCCAGCGGUUCAGACUGCACUCUGACACUAGCAGAGAGAGCGUGGGUGGACAGUGCAGUCCUGCCCUUGCUUGUGUGGGAGGUCUGUGAUCCUUAGAACGCCCCUGCUCAGUUACUGUUAUUAAAUGCUCCCAUUGUGGUCACAUUCAUCUACAGAACAGCUCAUUCACAAAGCACAACAGUAGGCUCCUGUUUGUGCAGGAUUCUGGUGGCGCUACUCUGCCUGACCAGGAGACCUUUGAUAUUUUGGCUGGCAGACUAGUUGGCUGUGCCCUGCCUGGUAUUCCCUUGUGAAAGCUGCUAUAGGCUGCCCUUUCCCUGAAAGGCACUAUCCUGGCAUUUACAAAGCCAGGCAUCACUGAAAACACUGUUAGCUGGAAGAGCCGUCCUCUCCCUCAGGGAGCAAGCAAUACCCGAAGCCUUUCUUCAUCGGAGUCCAUCCUGCCAUCUGAUUCUGCAACGCUGCAGCUUGCCAUGUGUUAGGAUUUCUUGCUGUACUACACCUGCUGAGCGGGGGAGCUUUACUCUGCACUUGUGAAAGCCUUUCACACCAGUAGCAGAGAGAAGCUGUGAAACACAGAGCAGUCGGACUAUGUUGGGCUGAUAUCUCUGGUGGCUCCUCAUACUGCAGAAACCCAUUUAAAGAGACAUGGAUCUUGAAGGAAUCAUUCGAGACUCUCUGAUGUGCUUCAUCCAGUCCCACAUCCCUGAUGCCGAUCUCAGCGGGAUGGAUGAAGUCUUCUUCUCCUACAUCGCUAGUGUCCUGGAAGAAUUAGGUUCACCAGAGUCAUCCGAGGAGAACUUUGAUAUGGAUGCCUUUGUGGAAAUGAUGGAGGCAUAUAUCCCUGGCUUUGCAGAAAUCAACAGCGGAAACAUUUGUGAAAUGAUGUUUGCCCUCUCGGAAAGGCUCAGCGAAGCUCGCAACAAAGGAAAGGUUUGCCAAAAGGCUGUGGAAAGCAUGAGCAGAGCCCCUGCUGAAGAGCUGAACCAGAGCGAAGAGCAGGGGGAAGGAGCUUCUGAUGAGAGGAGGCUGCAUAUACCAGCAGAGGGAGCCAUAGCUCAGGGAGCAGAAGGUGACCUGAAGGAUGGGGUGGAGCUGCUCCUGGAGAUGUUCCCAGCCUGCACCCUCAGCCAGGCUCAGAAGGCACUGGCCAUGGUGCUGGGAAACCUGGAAGAGGCGGUACAGUUACUGGUGGAGGAGAAGGUGGAACCUGGCCCAGGGGGCGCUAACCUGAAGGAGACAGCAAGGCCCCGCCGAGCACCCAAACAAGAGGACCUCAAACGAUUUAUCUUACAGAAAUACAUGAUGGUGGACAGCGAGGAGGACCAGAAAACACACAGGCCGGUGCCGCCAAAGGAGGCUCCCAAGAAACUGAUCCGCUACAUUGACAACCAGGUGGUGAGUACAAAGGGAGAAAGGUACAAAGACAUUAAGAAGCCAGAGAGUGAGGAGAUGAAGAGAACUUACAUCAGCCUCAAGCCAGCCAAGAAAUACAAAUUCCACUGACGGAUGUUCUCUCCAAGGCAUCGUCCUCUACCCUGCUGCCUGAGGCAUGGAGGGACAGCCCUGAGGCUUUCUACACCCCUCUAACUGGAACUAACCUACCACUGGGAGCCAGCAUGCUGCUGUCAGCCUCUAAUUAUAGCAUGAUGCCACAGAGGAUCCUGUUCAGCAACGCUGUUUGUGUAACCCUCCAAAUUGUCCCGCCACAGCCAGGAGCCAGAUGUCGCUAUGGUAAAUUUGACCAACCCAGCUGCUGUGUGUCCUGGACCUCUCUGCCAUUCCUUGCAUGGGGAUUUUUUUAUAGCUAAUGUGUGGCUAGUGCAGUUCACAGCCGUCUUUUUAAAUGUGUGUGCAAUUAUGUUGAUUGUGAUGGUUAGUAAAGAUGGUGUGAAUCAGUGUGGAAUUCAGACAGACCAUGUCUGCUCCUGGGAAGGGUCACCAGGGUCUCAUGGCUGGUUGGAGGCUCAAGCUGCAUCCUUCUCUCUCUCUGCCACACCCCUGCCCGGGGCAUGAAAUGGUGCCUGCAGACUGGCUACAUGCAGCUCCUUUAGCAGUUUGAAUGCACAGUGAGUGUAAGGGCUUAGGCUAGAAACUAGGCCUGGUAUUGUGCUGGCAGAGGUGUGGGGAGCUCACAAUUCCUGCUGGAUCUGCGGUACCCCGAUGCGGCUAGCAGCCGAAGCCACCCCUAGGGGGCCCUGCUAUUUCAGGGCUGGAACCUGAGUGGCAGCCAGCAGCCCUGUAAUGAGCAGGAGACACUGCUCAGGAUGAAGGCUUGCUACACUUCUGACCAAACUAAGAUGUGAACUGAGUUCCCUGGCAGUAAGAACCCACAGAGGCCUCACUCUUCUCCCUGCUGUAGCAGUUGGGAGUCAGGCCCCCCCCUCUCCAGGGCUACUGUCACUUUCCCCUCCAGCCCAUACUUGGAGCUAGGGCUGUGACUCCUAGCUCUCAUCGAGCCACGUGCUAAGAACAGCAGGGUAGCUACAGUAGCACACGCAGCGAGUGGUGGUACAGGCUAGCUGCCCGGUCAGGGUGACUAGCCUGUGCCACUGCUGUUGGGAGAUGGCCCACCCAGAGGGAGCAG